UGGUUAGUCAUGUUCGAGGGAGUGCAGAGAGCGCCACGUUUUAUGGAUAAUAAAUAGGCGUUGAGAUACUUCCCUCGGGGAUUUCGGUCAUAGUCAGUCGCAUGUAUGGACGAUAUUCAGCUUUCCAAUCUCGCAUACGCGAUCAAUGUGUACUCUUACUUCUUUGCUUCCCUCAUCUUUGAAUCUAGUAGUAGUAGUAGUAUAAUCAGGCAAUUUAUGGAAUGUACACGUAGAACAGAUUUCAUUUUACUCCUCAUAAUAAAGCAUGACCGCAUUUUACGCAUUCGCCGGAAUUGGCAGAGUAGUAACGUUACGUUGAUCCGCGUUCGGGAGGUGGCAGAAUGAGAUUGGGAGAUUGAGUGUAUUAUGCCUGACCCAUGAAGAUGGCGCAUCAAUGAAAUCCGAUAGAGAUAG